UCAGCUCACUGAGCUGUAGCUGCAUAGGCCUACACUUAUUUAACACACAGAAUUUGUCUUUUUUAAUCAAUGUGUCUUUACUGAGAGGACAUUAAAAUGCUAUGAUUUCGCCUGAAGUUACACAAGUACUAAUAGUCAAGAUAUUUUGCACUAUGCAGUCGAUGUGAACCCUAGGGGACUGCCUGUGCAGCUACUAGUGGCUAGAUUUCUUAAUCAACAGCUAGAAAGAUAGCUUUAGCUUAAUGUAGCUGCUUGCUAGUUACCCAGCUCAUACUGUGAGAGUGUAAAUGUCCAAAAGUUAUCAGGAACUUUUAUUUUUUUUUCUUCUAUCUACCUUAUUCCCAGAGUUUACUACUGCAGAAGUUAUUACAAGUUAGAGGAAGUAGCAUUAAGCUAGUUAGCCCAAGUGGUUUACUGCCAUGGAUCUAACCUCCAACAGCAGUCCAAAUUAUGAUUUAUUGCUGUGUAUUUGCUAGCUGUGUAGCCUUAGUGGGACAUUAAUGGCUGUGACUGCUGAAAAUAUUUACAUUUGGCAAAGUCGUGUUCAGAAGACAACAAACCUCUACUGUCGACAUCCAGUGACUGUUCACCAUGAGCAACAAACAGGACAGAAAGAGAAGGAGAGGAAGAGCCGAUUAAGCCUUUUUCUCACCAAGUCAGGCUCUCACGAAAAUGUCAGUCCACAUAAAAAGACUAACACGACGCCAAACAAUAUCUCACCAGAGGCAGCUCUGCAAUGGAGUGACUCCUUUGAAGAACUGCUGAAGCACUCAGACGGGGUCGAAACCUUCUCUCAGUUCCUCAGAACAGAGUUCAGCGAGGAAAACAUCGAGUUCUGGUUGGCCUGUGAAGAAUACAAGACCAUAGAUUCUGAGACGAAGCUGCUGUCCAAAGCGAAAUAUAUUUAUACAGUUUUUAUUGAUUCGGACGCCCCUAAAGAGGUCAACAUUGACUACAACACCAAGAUGACCAUCCAGAAGGACAUAGCACAGCCCACAAAGAGCUGUUUUGAUGCAGCCCAGAUGAAAGUGUACAGCCUGAUGAAAAAGGACUCCUACCCAAGGUUCCUCCAAUCUGACAUUUAUCUGCGUAUCACCAGAAGGAAAGGCCCCGGGGCCACCAUGUUUCGCAGAAGGUCACGUUCCUGUGUAUUCAACGAGAGAGGCGAAGCCAGGACUGAACCCUCAGUCUGGUAGUUGUAGCAUUGCAGACAGAAGACAUAAUUCAUGGUUUGCAGAUCAAUUGUUUCAGUGAGUGGUGCAGAGGCUUAUUACACACCGAUCUGUGUCUGUCGAGUGUGAUAUUUUUCAUACACACAUAGGUCAGGAUGUAUAAUCUCAAAUACAUAGUAACAAACAAGUUAGCAGCUAGAAUUACUGUUGUAACUUUCUUGCUUAAAGUUGAUUGAGUCGCAAGUGUGUCAGUAUAAAUGCAGCUACAAACAUCAGCUGGUUAGCUUACUUUAGCAUAACACCAAAUGGGGAAACAUCUAGCAUAUAUCUGUCCAUAAGUAACAAUUUACAAGCCAGAAACCACAGGAGUAAUACAGAGAGACUUUGUGACAGACAUUUCUUGGCUUGUUGCAGUAACGUCCUGGGACAUCCCCAGAUGCUUACCUGAUGAUGGCAACAACACUCAAUGCUAACUUCCUGCUUGCUGUAUUUUUGUAUCUGCUACACAGGGACUGGCAUUUAUCUUUUGACCUCAGUGGUGAAUUACACAAGUUCUCAAGUUGUUUGAAGUUUUCCUUCGAACAACACAUUCACAAACCUCUAAUUAUAAGGAGAUAUCCUGCCGAACAAAGUCGCAGCAAAGUGCAUCAGCCUACUGGAUACUUUGCUGGUUGCCUGCCUCACUCUGACAGCAACACUCAAUGAAGAUAAGCUAGCAACCUGUUUCCCUUUGUCUUCAGUCUUGAUGCUAAUUUAAGCUAACUGGCUGUUGGCAGUAGCUUUACAUUUACCAUCCAGAGAGGUAUCAACACUUCAUCAGGGUGGGGGUUAAACUGGAUCCAAGGUAGCCUGAGCAUAUCUUUAAGCACCAUCCUACACAUCGGAUUAGCUUUUUAAAGAUUAUACUGCCAGGACAUCUGAACCAUGUUGUUCUCUGAAAAUGAUGGACACCUUUGGCUAACCAGAGCUGAGUCUUCCCAGUGGUCAUGGUAUUGAGUUUUUUUGCAGCACUUGUGGAACAAUAUGUCUGCUCUCUUUCUCAAAGGCACUUUGCUGUUUGCGAAUUGAAACUUAAUUACUGUUGUGACAUUGUCUCAAAUCUUGAAAACUUGAAUGAUAGUUGGAUGGUCGGGGACAGAGUUUCAGCUGAAGUGCCUUCCUGCACUGAGGCCACUCUUCUUACUUCAGACACAUUACGCUUCAAAAGCUUUGUCUUCAGGUCCAGCUAUAGCACCUUAUUUUGUACAGCAUUGACACAUUUAACACGUAGUAGAAGCUUAUUUCACCUUGAUAUUCAGUCUUGCACUGUCCAACCCCUUCCAGUCUAUCAUGCAGUGGAAACCUUCAGCCAUGACUGCAAAACCUUGAAACUUUUUAAUGAGGGAUAUAUGGUAUUAAUCCCAUUUUUCACAAACAAAUGCAUACUUCUUAUUUGAAUACUAAUAACAUUAAAUAAAUUAUGAUCGCUUUUUCAGUUUCCAUCCAUCCAGUGUAAUUUAUGUCAUACUAUGAUCACAAGUUUUGCCUUCCUAUUGUAAAAUGUACAUACUUUGAUAUGUGGAAAUAAACACUCUCUUAUUAAAGCAGUUUUAAUGAA